UCCUGGCAAGGAGUGUUCCCUAUGAGCAGGCACUUAGGGUUCUUGAGGAUGGCAUGUCAGCUGAAGUUAUUAAGAUUGGCCGGAUGGUGCAGAAUCGUGAACGACUGGUUAAACGGCGGCAACGAUUGAUUGGACCAAAUGGCUCAACUUUAAAGGCUAUUGAGCUGCUGACAAAAUGUUAUGUGAUGGUGCAAGGAAACACAGUUGCAGCGGUCGGACCACACAGAGGGUUGAGGGAUGUUAAUAAGGUGGUCAUCGAUACCAUGAAAAAUGUUCAUCCUAUUUAUAAUAUAAAGACUAUGAUGAUCAAACGAGAGUUAAUGAAAGAUGAAAAUCUACGCAAUGAAUCAUGGGAUAGGUUUUUGCCAAAGUUUAAGUCAAAGAAUCUAGCAAAACGCAAACAACCUGUCAAGAAGCGUACAAAAAAAGAGUACACUCCAUUCCCGCCACAACAGCCAGAAAGCAAGAUGGAUAAAGAAAUAGCUACAGGAGAAUAUUUCCAGAGAGAAAAUGAAAGGAAAGCAAAAGCAAGAGAAAUGAAAAAGAGGAAGCAGGUAGAAGCAGUAGUCAAGAAUCAAGAGAAGCGACUGAAAGCCUUUGUCGCCCCCAAGGAACCGGCGGUUACAACCAAGCCUACCAAACAAAAGCUUAGCCAGAGUACAGAUGUAGACAUUGCUGCUUUGAAGGCCAAAAUUAAACAAUCUAAAACGAAAGGUAAACAUGAAGUUCGCAAGAAGAAGGAACCAAUUAAGAAAAAGAAGAUUGCCUCAAAAUCAUGAUAAUAGAGCAACCAAAUCGUGAUGAAAAUACUGAUAUUGAGAUAGUACUCCUGACAGCUAUAUCAAGGUUCAUACACCAGUGAUAAAUUGUGUCAUAUGUAAGACGAUUACUAUCUUGCAUGGUGGGAAUUUCAAAGCCUGUCAGUUUCUAGUGUUCUUAUAGCGGAUGGAGCAAAUAGGGUUGCCUGCCUAUUAUAAUUAACAUUAUUAGCAUUAUGAUUACUACAAUUUUGUGACAUCAGUUGUCAUUUUUCAGACUCGCUUCAGUUAAGCUUGGUUUCCAUACAAUCGCUACACGCUAUUGCGUCGGGAACUGCUACGCAGCUUUAUCACUAAUAUAGAAGGACUAUUGUAAAUGUAAUCAUACAAAGCUUUCCACCCGUGUCUAUUGUGUAGUAUAUUUGAUGUACCUCUAUACAGAUAUUGAUGCUCUAUUGGGGUGCCUAUUAAAAUUUGCUUACCAAUGGCCCAAGGUGGGUGUGUGGAGCACUGCCACAGUACUUUACAUCAAAUUUAAUAUUUAUACUGUAUUUGAUUUGUGUUUAUCGUUUAUUACUACUGUACACAAUUUAUAGUGCAGCUCAAAUAGUAAUAUGAAGGUAUGAGGGGACCGUUUGUUUACCCUAAACCACCAGUUCCAGAAAGACAAGCAACAUUACUUGGAUAACACUCGCAUAUUUAUUGUACAUUUUCCAAGUUCAUAGUUCACUUCAAAUUGACGAGCAAUAUUGCUUACAUGAGAAAACUAAAUAUUUUGUUACUGUUUGAUCAAGCAUUUUAAUUAUCUAUCGGAUAUUAUGUACAGAAAACUUGAAAUAAACAAUUGUGAGAGGUUUUA